AUGCCCGGUGCUGUCGAUGAGAAUGGCCAAGCUGCCCCAGGCCGCCUGUUGCUGCUCUCCAAUCGAUUGCCCAUCACAAUUAAGCGAUCGGAAGAUGGUAGCUAUUCGUUUUCCAUGUCUUCUGGAGGUCUUGUCACGGGUCUCAGUGGUCUUAGCAAAACCACCAGUUUCCAGUGGUAUGGUUGGCCAGGUCUCGAGGUACCUGACAACGAAGUCGAGGGUAUGAAGCAACGACUGAAAGACGAGUACGGCGCGCACCCGGUUUUUAUCGACGAUGAACUUGCCGACAGACAUUACAAUGGGUUCUCUAACUCAAUUCUUUGGCCUCUUUUCCAUUACCACCCUGGCGAGAUUACGUUCGACGAGUCCGCUUGGGCCGCAUAUCAAGAAGUCAACCGCCUCUUUGCCAAGACCGUUAUCAAGGAUGUGCAAGAUGGUGACCUUAUUUGGGUUCAUGACUACCAUCUGAUGCUCCUCCCCCAAAUGCUUCGUGAGGAGAUCGGCGAAUCGAAAAAGAAUGUCAAGAUUGGCUUCUUCCUCCAUACACCAUUCCCCAGCAGUGAAAUUUACAGAAUUCUACCUGUCAGAGAAGCACUCCUUACUGGACUUCUUGACUGCGACCUUAUCGGUUUCCAUACAUACGACUACGCUCGUCACUUCCUUAGCAGUUGCUCCCGCAUUCUCGAGUGUCCCACGACCCCCAACGGUGUCGAUUGGAAUGGCCGUUUUGUGACAGUUGGCGCCUUCCCUAUUGGAAUUGAUCCCGAUAACUUCGUUGAAGGGCUGAAGAAGCCAAAAGUACAAGAACGUAUCGCUGCACUGAGCCGAAAGUUCGAGGGUGUCAAGCUCGUCGUUGGAGUCGAUCGCUUGGAUUACAUCAAGGGUGUUCCUCAGAAAUUACACGCUCUUGAGGUGUUCCUGACCGAACAUCCGGAAUGGAUUGGCAAAAUCGUCCUGGUUCAGGUUGCUGUGCCUUCGCGACAAGACGUUGAAGAGUAUCAGAAUCUCCGUGCUGUGGUCAACGAACUGGUCGGCCGUAUCAACGGAAAGUUUGGUACCAUUGAGUUCAUGCCCAUUCACUUCCUCCACCAAUCCGUCACUUUCGACGAGCUUACUGCCCUGUAUGCUGUAUCUGACGUCUGUUUGGUCUCAUCCACUCGAGACGGUAUGAACUUGGUGUCCUACGAAUACAUUGCGACACAACAGAAGAACCACGGCGUCAUGAUUUUGAGCGAAUUCACAGGUGCUGCUCAAUCGCUCAAUGGCAGUCUCAUCGUCAAUCCUUGGAACACAGAAGAACUUGCCAAUGCUUUACAUGACGCCGUUACCAUGAGCCCCGAACAACGUGAAGCCAACUACAAGAAGCUCGAACGUUAUGUCUUCAAGUACACAAGUGCUUGGUGGGGUGCUAGCUUUGUCUCUGAAAUGACCCGUCUUAGUACUGAGGGUUCUCAGCCUAAGACCCUGCGCAACGUCUCUGGGGCUGUAAUCGGACUGGAGCAGAAAGCCCAACAGGCUGUCGCUGAUCUUGAGAAGAAGGCCGAGGAACUAUUAACAAUUGACGAGAAGAAGGAAGCCAAUUCGCAGACAGAGCCUUCUCAAUAA